AUGGGGCCUCCCAAUGGACCUGAGCUCCUGUCCUGGUCUCCCACUGCAGACCCAGAUGGCCCAGCGUCUCCUGCCGUCACUUCCGUCCAGGGCUUCCAGUGCUGCCCAACACGCUGUCUGCCUGGCCUGGUGCUCCCAACUGUGGACACAGAACCUGUGCAGAAAGCCAUGGAAACAGCCGCAGGCAAGCACCUCGAACCAGCGUGCCCAUCCCAGCCCCGGUCACUGUGUGUCCUGCGCAGGGGCCAGGGCAGCCCAAGGCUCAGCUCUCUGGGGAAGGUGAAGAAGGAGCUGGACCCCGACGACAGCCACUUGAACUUGGAUGAGACAGCCAAGCUCCUGCAGGACCUGCACGAAGCACAGGCAGAGCGUGGCGGCUCUCGGCCGUCGUCCAACCUCAGCUCCCUGUCCAACGCCUCCGAGAGGGACCAGCACCACCUGGGAAGCCCUUCUCGCCUGAGUGUCGGGGAGCAGCCAGAUGUCACCCACGACCCCUAUGAGUUUCUUCAGUCUCCAGAGCCUGCGGCCUCCACCAAGACCUAACUCUAGACCACCUUCGGCUCUUUUGUUUCAUUUUGUUUAGUUUUAUUUUGCAUGUGUAGAGUUUUUGUCAUCAGACAAGGACUUUGGUCUUCCCCCUUUGGCAUGUGGGAAGCAACCCCAGGGAGGUAAUGAAUUGUCUGUGGUAUCGUGUCAGCGAGAGAAUCUCUGUGCACAGCCCGGUGAGCCCAGGGGAGUGGAGUCAUACACAGAGGUCGUGUGGCCAUCGUGUCAGCGACAGGGUCUCUGUGCACAGCCCGGUGAGCCCAGGGGAGUGGAGUCAUACACAGAGGCCGUGUGGCCAUCGUGUCAGCGAGAGAGUCUCUGUACACAGCCCGGUGAACCCAGGGGAGUGGAGUCAUGCAUGAAGGGCGUAUGUCCGGGCCGUAGAACUGCGUACAAUCUGUGUCCGAAUAUCACGUGUGGCUCCAGCCCUUGUUUCUGCUGUCUCUAUCUGUCUGCCCCACUGUCCUGGGGUCGCUCUUGGGAGGCACAGGCGUGGGUGUGUCUGGCCUCCUUCUGUGUCAGUCCUGCGUGUUCCUCUCGUAGUUUGUAUUUCCCAGGCGGGCCAUGGUAGGGGCCUCGCAGGGGCCAGUGGGGAGCGCAGGGCCAGGCUGGGGUGAGGAGAGGUCCCCCGUUUUCUGUUCAUUUGAUGAGCCUGAGAAAGGAGUGCUUCUGCCUGCCCGUUACAGUGGAGCGUUCCGUGUCCAUAAAACAUUUUCUAACUGGA